UUAGAUGCAGUUGCUGUGGUAGAAGGCAAAGAAGUUGAAGUGUCCUGCAGAGUGGCCAGGAGCAAUCCACUGCCAACAUUCAUUUGGCAGUAUGCUUUCAAAAACUUGGAAUGUGACAUUCACUCUGGUACCUGUGUCCCUAAGGAAGACAAGUGGAUUACUGUUCCUAGUCAGCUGCUGUUUCCCAACAGCUCAACACCAACAAAUGAAAGCACUGUAAAAAUUGCCAAAGACCAACAAAAUGCAUUCUACCUUUGCCAAGCAUUCAAUUCCUUGGGAAAUGAUUCGCAAAUCUUGAGAUUUGUCAGAUUUGGUAAGAACAUCAGUUAGUAAAAACAGUACUUUUUUGAGGUACUGAAUUGUAAUAAUGUGCUUCAUACUAGUACAGACAAGAGAACAGAUUUUCUAGGGCUGACCUGCAACUAUUCCAAACAAGGUUUGUGAUCGGCCUGGAAAACAAUAGGGAUGGUGACAUAACAAUGCCCCUAUCCCUGAAAACAAUAGGUAGUGCGAGUUAUAGGGACCAAUGAAAGAAGAGGUUUGGAUGCGUGCAGGUCAAUCGAUGUUCUGCUCAUAGGUCAAGCUAGGUUGCAAAUGGACAAAUUAAUGCUCGCUUGAGGGCAUUUUUAGCUGCAUGUAUUUUGUGCACAUCUACAACCCUGGCCAAAACUCUUGGGACACUAACACAAUAGCUCGUCAAAUUGAGGCCUCUUCCCUUCCCCCUUCCCGCUCGGUGCAAUGUUGACGUUAUGCAGUCAAGUUUUAAUUCAACACAAUCAACACUGUUUGGGGGAGAGGGAGACAGCAGAAAUAGCCCCUUAUAACAACAUCCCCAAACUUUUUUAAGAGGUAGAAUAUGAGUUAAUUUAGCAAAGAGGGUCUCAAUGGGGUUAACCGAUAGGCGUAAAACGGCCAAAAAUUUAGUCGAUAGCCGUAAAAAUUGAAAAAUUUUAACCGUUAGCCGUAAAUAGGGUAAGAGAGAGUUCACCGUAAAAGAAAUUGUUUCCUAGAUUUGUUAGUUUUAAGGAAGGUGCUAAACUCACUUAUGGUUGCGUUUUUAUUUCCCGGCUACUUUGACUGCGUACGCACGUUAGGCCAAGCGCCUAGCUUUUAGGUGUUGACCUGGACCUAGGCUCCAUUUCCGCCACCGCUCUCUCGGGGAAAUAAUUUUUCCCAUAGCGAAAAUCUGGCUUCUUGCUGGGGAUUAAUAUUUGAGAUUUUCAGGAGGUCGUGCUCUCGAAAUACUAGCAACACGCAGAGAUGUCACUUUUUGUAUAACACGUCGCCGAUAAACAACAAUUCCAUGUAACAAUUUCCUGUUUUUCUCUGAUGCUACGGCGUCUUCCCACGCAAUCAAAAACUUGCUCACACCACGUGACCCGAAACGCCGCGGAAUAAUGAGGCCUACGGACAAGGCAACGGCAGACAGUCGUUCAGUACAGUCCUUCGCUAUCAUUAAAAACACUGGACGCAGGAAUUGUUUUACAUUGGCUGUUUUCACAUUAGAGCUAGAAAUGGAUUAUCCAUCUGAGACUAGCCUGUGUACAGUCACCCCCUCCGCCACAGACACCCCUUCUCCCUUUCGCCUUCUGAGGGGAGGGGGGCGGCUGUACGCAGGCUAUCUGAAAUAGAUAAUCCAUCUUCAAUUAAAUUGUCCGUCAAAGUUCAUGGAGAAAGCCAGGCGGAUUGUUGUGAUUCAAAAUUAAAACCAUUCCAUUUUCAAAUUAAGACGUAUUACCUAGCUGACGCGAAUUAUCAAACGGAUAACCUGUCUCACCCGAAUAAUCCGCCUCUAGUGUGAAAACGGCCAUUUCUGUUAUAAAUGAAUGUCGCGCCCUGGCCUUGAGUUGGGCGUUUGCGUGUCUGCUUUUGCUUUUUCACAAAGAUGAUUGUUAAAUUGACUAUUGACAUUUGUAUGCGUAAAAUAAUAUUUGAAGUGGAAUACAUUAUAAAAAGUAUGAUCUAUCAAAUGUUAAAAUUUUUCAAAAGAAUGGCUUAUUUCAUCCCAAGAUGAUCCUAAGACCUUUAUUUUGCUUUAAAGAUACAAAAAAUACCGCUUUAUUAAUAUUUAACUCCUUGAAACAAAAGAAAUUGAUUUUUAACUUUGUAGUUAACCGUAACUGGAAAAAAUUAACCGACAGCCGUAAAAGAGCCAAAAUUUUAGCCGAUAACCGUAGAAGCUACCACCCCAUUGAGACCCUCAGCAAAGUGCGUCAAGUUUGCGCCUAAUUUCCUUAAGUGUCCCAAGACGUUUUGAGCAGGGUUGUAGUUGGGCUUGGAACUGAGACACCCUGUGUGAUAAUAUUAUAAAUUGGAAAAUGUGUGGUUCCAGGCAUAUCCAUAAAACCGUGCCGAAAAAAAUAGGCCAAAGUUUUAAAGAAAGUCUUUAAGAAGGUAAGCUUGUCAAGAGCGACGGUCAGGAAAUAUCGACCAUCGAGUGGCAAGAGUCGAAAAAUCGAUUUCCUCCAUUUAUUCCCCAUAAACAGCUUUUAGGUAGAUAAGUAAUCUGAUGUAAGUUGUUCUCGCAAAAAGUCUUUUGCUUUCGAGAAAAGUAAGAAUAUCAGUUUUCGUGGUCGGAGUCCGAAAAUGGCCGUAUUUUCAACUCGAAAUUUGCUAACAUCAGCUCUCCUCGCGCUUGCAAAUAAAGCCGCAAGGAGAAAUUUGGACACUUUCCAUCAAGAGAAAAACUCUUCUUUCACUACAAGACACUUUCAAAGCAAUACCAAGACUCGUUGAACUAACAUAAUACACCUUGUCACGGUUUUUGACGCCAUCUUGACGGGUAGGCAAACGUGUGAGAAAUUACAGUGUUUGUAUGAGAAUCUAAUGUCGAAUAAUUUCCGUAAAACGGCUGUUCGGAAAAAAAUAUCAAUCGUAAACUAAAGCUACAAAGCAAAGGAUUGUCCUAAAAAAAUUUGGAGCGGUAACUGUGCUUUAAUUUUUCCAGAGGCUUGGUUUAGAUUUUCCAUAUAUUUGUCUGUAAUUUUCCCGGGACUUUCUUACAGACAAAUGUAUAGAAAAUUUUCAAACGUGGCUCUAGGUCUUCUACUGCAUGUAACGCCCUCAAAUUUUUUCAGGAGAAUCCUUAGGAGUGAGGCUUUAGUUUACAAAUCAUAUUUUUUUCAGAACAGCCGUUCUACGGAAAUUAUUCGACAUUAGAUUCUCAUACACUACUCGUCAAGAUGGAGUCGAAAACCGUGACAAGGUCUAUUCAAAAACGAAGAACAGGUCUUUACGGUGACAAAAACUUUAAUUUAGUAGUUGUUUUCUGCGGCAUUAUUCUUCAUGUGGUAUAGCUCCAAAUUUCCCUGCUCCUCGUUUAUUCACAAAUCUAGACAUUCAGCUAAAGCAUACCUGAGAAUUGGCUUGGGUUCUUGAAGGCAGCCUCCAAACGUACGCAUCGAAGUCCGGUAAACAUAGUAAAUCGUGACCAAAAUAUUAAACUUAUUUAACGGCUCCAAGUUUCCUCGAUCAUAAAGUAACAAGACGAAAUAUCUUACUGUUCCGUCACCAUCCUUAGCGAAUUACCAUUGUUAAGGUCCAUAUUUUUCGAUAAAAAGUGAGUACCAGAAUGCUAACGCGUUUGCUUUUUUCUUCUUUAAAAUAGCGGUCAUCGAAAAUGUUACACCUUCAAGAAUUCCGUUGUGUUACUACGCCGUGAUCCGCGACUGUCAUUUUGACGUCUCCGUCUCUUCAAACCGUACGUUAUGUCAAGUGCAGUCACGGAACAGAUUGUCACGCAGAGUCGUAGGCUGGUAGAGUUCGCUGUUUCAAAUGGCUAAAAUUGACCCAGUUUCACCUUUUUACCCCACCCUUUGAUUGAAAAAAGGAACUUUGCAAUAGGAAAACCUACGAGAAGUACGAAAACCGAGCGUUUAGGCUGUAAAUAUCUGCUUUUGUGCUUUUCGAAAUUGGAAGUGUUCACACAUUUACCCCGGCCUACAAUGAAAAUUCCUGAACUUCGAUGGUGUCUUACAGAGAUUUCCUUCCCUAACCCCAAGCCAAUUCCCAGGUAUGUUUUAAAUGAAUGUCUAAAUGUGUGAUUCAAAUAGCAUGAAGAGAAUUUGGAGCUAUACCACAUGUUAAAUAUUGCCGUCGAAAAUGAGUAACGAACGUUUUUGUUAUCCUGAAAACCUAUUCCUCAUUUUUCAAUUGUUUCAGUACGACGAGCUUCAAUAAUGCCCUGAAAGUGUUUUCUAGUGGAAGAAAAAGAAUUUUUCUGUUCAUGGAAAGUGUCCAAAUUUCUCUAUGCGGCUUCGUUUGCGAACGCGAGGAAAGUUAAUGUUAGCGAAUUUCAGGUUAAAAACUAGGGCAGUCUGACACUCCGACAUCGAAAACCGAUCUUCUAAUUUUUCUCACAUAUAAAAGGCUUUUGGCAGGAACAAUCUAGUUUAGCUAGGUUUCUUAUCUACCUAAAAGCUAUCUAUGAACAAAAAAAUGAAAGAAAUUGAUUUUUCAACUCUUGCCACGAAAUUAAGAUUUUGGUCGAUUUUUCCUGACCGUCGCUCUUAAGAACUUAUGCAGAUCUUGGAGGAUGUUAUCCACCUCGACCUCCAGCCUGGAUGAAUAACAUCCUCCUUGAUCUGCAUAAUUCUUCAUACCUUACCAUUUUUAGCUGCAUGAAUUUUGUGCACAUCUAGUUGGGCUUGGAACUGAGACACCCUAUUUGAUAAUAUCAAUUGGAAAAUGUGUGGUUCCAGGCAUACCGUAAACUGCCGCUUAUAAGCCCCCCCGGUUAUAGGCCCACCUACAUGCAAACAAAAAAAUACAUCCGAUUAUAAGCCCCCCUCCAGUUUUCUUGUUUUAUUAAUAUUAAGCACUCUCAGAGAACAGUAUUACUUCAACAAAUAACUAGAAAAGAUUACGGAACAAUAACUUUAUUACCAUUUUAUUGUUAACGAUCUUUAUAUCUUUAUUUCAACAUUUCGCCAAAUGCUUUGAAGUAACUGUUCAUAGUACUCCUGUAGUGUUACAGUGCGUUUUACAAAACUUUUGACAAACUGUUUCCGAAGUUCGUUUGAAAUUCCCGAAGUUCGCUACGAACUGAGCAAAUUCAUUACGUAGUUGUCAAUCAAAUCGCGAACUUUGCAACGAAGUUGUAAAUUUCACGCUGAACUUCAUGUGAACGUUGCGAAGUUCGUUGUGACAGGGAUUCGUGCCAUUCAGUGUAGUUAUGGUGGUUGGUUUGGUACAUUGAGAGCAAAUUGUUACAAAUGAAUCCCUAACAGGACUUGGAAUUGCUUUCCCUUGAACCGAGAUGCGAUUCACUUGUAACAAUUUGCUCUAAAUGUACCAAACCAACUAACUGCACUGAAUGGCGCGAACUUCUGUCACAACGAACUUCGCACCUUUCACAUGAAGUUCAGCGUGAAAUUUUACUGAAUUCGAAUUAUUGCAGCCUUUUUAAGGCUUCAAUUGUAAGAGUAAUAAAUUUAAAUCAUACGUCGAUCAACAGUGCUGUUGCUCAUUUCGAAACUUUUAGUUUCGUCCGCUUAUAAGCCCAUCCGGAUAUAAGGCCUUCCGUUUACAAGCCCACCCAAAACCCCUUACGAACUUGUUUAAGCCCAGGGCUUAUAAGCGGCAGUUUACUGUAUCCAUAAAACCGUGCCGAAAAAUAGGCCAAAGUUUUAAAGAAACUCUUUAAGAACGAAUGUCUGUAAAUAUCGAGCAACCGGCGGCCACGGUCAAAAAUUAAAUUUCGCUCAUAUCUUUUCCAUACAUACUUAUUAGUAAGUAACUAAACGUGGUGUAGUUUGUUUUUCAAAAGGCCGCUUGGAUUUGGAGAAAAUCGACAAAAUCAAUUCUCGCAGUCGGCGACUUGAAAACAACCAAAAUUUGAGGCAAAAUAAGGGGAUCUCAAAACUUCGCUCGCACGCAAAAAGGAAGAAAGCGUGGUAAAAAGAUUCCCCGAUAAAUCAAUUUGUAAAGGGUUUUAGCCCUAGUAUGGGGGUUAAUUCUUAACGUAACGAUAAUGUGGAAGGUGAACAAUUUUAUUUUAGUUUUGGUUCUUUUUCAACUCAACGAAGUUGAAAUUUAGACCUAAAGUCGCGAUUUAAUUUUCAGGCAUGUGCUACACCUUGGUUUUUCCUGAAACUCAAGCUAUAAGUUAGUUAAACAUUGUACUAAAACAUAUUUAGGAACUGGCUUGGGUAAUUUAAUUUGGGCUUCAGACGAACCUUCUGAACUUGAACAAAUUUUGAGUGAAAUAUGAGACAUUUGCAUAAUUCACCAACGCCUCGCUGUUGCCGAAAGGGAUCAUUGGCAUUUCCUGAGAAGAAACCUGAUGUACUUCUAUAGUACGAUAGUUAAUUUGCUAACAUGUAAUAGAAAUUAACUUACCUUUAUAGUUUGGGCCCCUUUUUUUUAACUUUUUCUUACUCUCGAGCUCCAAAAUUCUGCUGGCGCUAACGCAUUUUGUAAUUUGACCUCUAAGGAGAGGUCAUUGGAGAUGGGCCAGGUUACUAAAAUGUCACUCAAACCGAAUGAACGUUAUGACCUAAAUUCUUAAGGUGGUUGAACAAAAUAUAUCACGAGAAAAAUAUGUUUUUAAGACAUUUUCGGUGAUCUGAAAGAUGUUCUUACCAAUCCAUAGAAUCAGUUACAAUAUACAGCGAGCUAGGAAGUGUGAGAAGACAAGGAGUGGUGUUGCGUGACAACGAACACCAUGCUUCGAACUUAAGAAUGAGCAGUCUAAAACAAAAUUGUUUAUUCAUUUCUUUGAUGUUUUCAAAGUUAUUUGUUCAGUUAUACAACAACUAAAAGGCUGCAUAGUCUGGCUGCCACCAGUACUUGAUUUAAGAGUGUAAAGUGGUGGUCAGUUUUUCGGAAACCUGCGCGUGCGAUAAAAGCAUUGACUAUUAAGGAAUUUGGAAAACAUCAAAAUCAUACAACCUGCCAGUACACACGAACACUGAGUAGGUUUUAAUCUUUGGACAACCUCGAUAAAUGAUCUCAGAAGCGUUUUUGUUUUGAGUGAAGACAGGCGGUGUGCGCACUACGAUCGCUAAGCAUCAUGGGCGGUAUUCAAAAUCUGAUCAUUUGUCUCAAGAUGGCGUGGAGUGAACAUCACGACUGCGGAGUGAAUAUUCGUUAAUUACGCUGUAGAUAUAUACGAUUUUGCUUUGAAUGACCUCCGGAAGCCCUUGAAAAAGAAAGUCUGUCCAAUUCUCAGGGAAAAAACAGUCUCAUUCCGUUGAUAAGUGUAUUCUGGUGUAUUUUGUUCGUAAUCACUUGCAUCCUGUUUGCAACUGACCGAGAAAAGUCGGCAAAGAAACGCUUUGUUCAAUGCUUCAAUCAUGAAAAGCACUGGAGGUAAGACCCGCGGUUCGCCGAAAAUUCUUGAAUUCACCGUGAAAUCAGUGCAACUAGUGCUAAGAGGUACUGAUGUGCAUAGCUGUGAUAUACUCAUAAAAUACUAGGAGCUUCUUCAGAAUACCCGGCAACGGUAUUUAAACACAGUGAGCUUAUUUUGUUUUGUCAUUCAGCAUUGCAAGAUGUUCACCUGCUAGCUGUAAUAAGAGAAUCGAAGUUGAGGGGUCAUCGUUUCGAGGACUUGUUUCUCUGUUGGCACCAAGUCUGCAUUUCGUUUAGCCUCCCCGCAGACGUCCUUUGGGAUUCGUUUGUCACGCAUUCAUUUCUCCCCCACGGACGUUUGCUAAACAGAGCCGACUUUUACGUUCUGGAUUGUUUGAAUAAGCCAAUAAGCGGUUAGUUAUUGUGUCACGAUCAGCCAAUCACGCGCCGUGAUAUAAGUGAUGUCUCUGGUAUUCUCAAGUGAAUUAUUUAUUUUACGGCUAUCUUCUACAUGAGAGGACUCAAACGUUUUGAAGAAAUCACAGAAACGAUGCAAUAAAGCUGCAGUCAGCUGUAUAUUUUUUUCGGAAGUUGUGACUAUAAAAUAAUCUGCUUUUCUUUGAAAGACUUCUGAUAACAGUCUCCCACACGAGCGCGGAGCGGUUUUCAGCGCGGUCGAAAACAAUAAUUACUUUUAAGUCUGUAUAUAUUCGAAGUAUUAAGAAAAGAGAACUUGUAAACGUGUAUAGGGAAGAUAUUCAAAGCAUUCUUCGAAAACAAAGGCCGUUUCCUUUUUUGAGAAAUGUAAUUCCACCAAGGUCAUGGGUCGCGAACCAAGGACCAGUACGCAAAAUUUGGUUAUAUUUUUUCAAGAGUCGGUAAAACAAAAAAUUCGAAGUCUACAGCAAUGUGUUUCCAACGGCAGAAAAACGUUUAUCUGAAAACUUGUUCUGCAAAAAGGCACGUCCUCCCAUUGCGUUCUAUUUAUUCACAAGCUAAGUAAACAUGACCAAGGUGCCGCCGAGUCCAAACUUCAAGCUAGAAAGACAAAUUAACCUACCUGUCAACAAACUUUAAUCUCGCUCCUUCAAAGAAAAAAAGAAAGAAUGACAAUAAAUCAUUGAACCUUUCAUUGUUCAUUGUAUUUUAUUUCUCGACGAAAUAUUUAAUCAUGCUCGGGAAAGUCGCCAACCGAGGACCACAUACUAACUGUACAAGUCACUCGCUAACAUUUCCUCCACCGAUCGAUCUUCAACCAAGCUUCUGGGCUUCCGUAAACAACAGAGAAAGUCCCUCUAUCGACAACCCUCAUAUUCUCUUUGCUAAUAUCACUGAGCGUUACAGCAGGAAUACCAAUAUUUUCCAGCUUUGUAGAUUGAUCUUUCAAGAUUUACCAGGGGAGAAACAACAUCAACAGUAAUGUCCAGUAGUUCCACGCAAUAUGUCGCAAACAAGCAGCAAAGCUUGAGAGAUAAGGGAUUUCCCAAAUCCCGUCGGCAAAUUUAUGAACUCAUCGGUCUUCGCUAUAAAAUUUGCAGGAUAGCUUCUCUCUGAUACUUGUUUAACUCUGUAUUAGUUACAAAUUUCUCGCACACUCGAUCAAAAGCCUCACUGAUCGUGCGAAUCUUAAGAAGCUGCUCGGGUUACGUUUUACAAAAAUCCGUAAACGGCCUGUGAUUGGUGAACGUAAAAGUCGGCUCUGUUUAGCAGACGUCCGUGGGGGAGAAAUGAAUGCGUGACAAACGAACCCCAAAGGACGUCUGCGGGGAGGCUACAUUUCGUUUUGCUUAACAUCUCUAUUUAUCAUCACAUGAAGACAAGUAAAUAAAGUAGAGAGUAUUUGUGUACAGUGAACUUGUGUCCUCUUUAUAGCGGAGCUCCCGCGCGCGCGAAGCGCGCGCGCAGCGGAGCACCAUGGGUAAGAAAAUUUGGUAAACUAUCCAUCCCAGAAAAUUUGGUUAUGACGUAGCGUACGCCCGUCCGUACACACACUUCAUGUAAGCCGCUGUCAAAUGUCACAAUAGAUCUUGCACAACUUGACUAGCCUCAGCUCUUAGUUAUGUAAGCCAUCCGUAUGAGUACGAUUAGAUUGACAGCUGUCAAAAUCAGACAUCCGCUGACAAUUAUCACAUGACCGUCUCGCGGGCUCAGAUAAAAGACCAGUCGUUUUGCCCCUAUAUAUAAGCUGAUAUAAUAUGUCACACUUACCAAUUCAACAUAAAAACGAAACUACGCCGGGCAAGGCUGUCAGUUGGCUGACAGUCGUUUAAAGUUACAUUGGCAGGCCAAAUUAAGGUCAAUUGACAGCUGUCAAAAUGGGACAUGUUCAGACCGCUAUCAGAAAACUAAUAACGAGGGCUCAGGUUCGCUCAGGUACACGAUCUGGCAUUUUCCACUACAUGCCGAACGGAAAUGUCCUACUCACACUCGUAGUCUGUUAAUUCGAAUAUUCGGCAUUCUAAUGAAGGUUAAUUGACAGCUGUCAAACUAGAGUAUACGCUGACCAUCAUCACCUAAGUGGAUCGCGGGCUCAUUUUUCUAUCUAUUGAGGUCACGUAGUGUUUAAAGUUUUGCGCUGAUAUUUUAUUUGAUCACGGGCUCAAUUCGAAGCCCCAUAGCUUUAUAGAAAAUCUAUCCAUCCUAGAAAAUUCGGCAAUCACGUGACCGUACACCGACCACCCGACCUUCCGUCCGUCCGCACCACAGGCAUACCAAUGUUUAAUCUCACACUUUCUAGCUAGUUUCGGAGCCUGCAACCUGAUAUUGUACAUCCAUGUUUUGAUUAAUUGACAGCUGUCAAAACAGUGUUUCUGCUGACCAGUAUCGCCUGACCGUAUCGCAGGCUCAGGUAUCGACCCUCUGAGUUCGAGUAAUAUUUUGAAGGUAUUCGCUGACAAGUUGCUACUUUUCUAAUGAUCGCAGGCUCAAGUUCAAUAUUUUUAAAAUGCAUAUGAAAUAAGUCGUGUUUCAUGAGCCGCACUUUUAAAAUGUUGAUUUCGAACUGAUCUCGGACACGAAAAUUCAACCGGCUUUUACAUUUACAUGCAGGCAGUUCAAUCGCUUUUGACUUUGUCACGCGUUGAUCACGCUCUACGUCCAAUUUUUAUGUUCUGAUUGGUCAAAAUUUGACAGGUGAGUUUAUGCGGAAAAUUUUUGCAGCGUCUGGAAACUUGCUUACUGAUAGCUGGAGCUGAGAGAGUUUUGUGUCAUCUUGUGAUUUUUUAAACUGUCUUUUUCUACUUGGUGUACAAAAUGAAAUACAGCUGCUAUCAAGAUUGUUCUGUAAUUCGUGGCUGGUUUGUUUAUUGCGCUUCUUGUUGACAAAUGCACCGCUUGUCAAAGUCAUUGGAAAUCCGAUUUCGGAUGGCAUCGUUUUCAAAAAUGAGCUUACUCACUUGCCCUUGCUUGAGGCGUAAGAAGGUUGAAAAGUCUCAAGCGAUUCUGGAACACUUGAUGACCUUCGGAAGCAGCAUCUCGACUGGUAAGCUUGAGCCAUUAUUGUUUUUGAAGUUUUUUUUUUUCGGUUUCCUGAAGUCGAGCGUAUGGUUUAUGCGGCUUAAGUUAAAACACGAACUAACACGAGCAAUGAUCUAACCGACAAUAGUAUCAGGUUUAAAAAGCGUUUAGACAUUUUUUUGACCCGCAAAUUCAAAGAAAAGGUUCCGAAGAUUAUUUAGUUAUGAUUUUGGCUGUAAACAGAAAGCUCUGAGCAAUUUUCUUGCCUCGAGUUCAUCUUGAAAAAGAGCGAACACCGGGAAGCCGGCUUAAAACAUAAAUAAGCUUAUGCUUGCCUGACUCAUGAUUUUCUGAGACACUUUACUCUCAAUACUUCUCUUCGUGAAUGAAAAUUAUUGUCUCUGUACAUGUUUCACCGAAUUAAACUUAUUUUAUUGAUUGUUAGUAGUCCUUCUCGCAAUUUUCAUCGCUGCACCGGUUGUUUCCAGUCGAACAUAAACAUCGCAUGUAGGAAUACUCAAAACGCCGCGCGUAAAUAUCACUCGCUUUUAAAGAUUACACAUAACAAAAUCAUACACAGUUUAAUGAAUAAAGGGAAAUAAAACCUAAACAUAACAAUUUCUCUAUCAUGUUGAAGCGUAAAUGGUAACUCUAUUAAUCGCACUGCAAAUUUGGUGCCUGUCAAAAGUGAGAACCCGUCCGGCUGGCCGAAAAGUGAUUUUGGGAAUUUUUUUUAUCGUUUUCAUUAAAAGCCCAUAAUUACUUCCCGCAUAUCACAUAGGACCAGAUUUUUUUAACAGAAAACGUUUUAUAAUUCAAUGCUAUAAUUUUGUUGUGCAAAGGAAGCGCGUGCUUUGAUCGUCGUGGAUAUUGAAUGAGUGCAAAUUCUCUUGCAAAAUCGUGAAAAACUGCAGAAUUAUAGGUUUAAAUAGGGCAAAAAAGAACAAAUUCUGUCCGAGGUCUGUGUGCUGUUUACCUGAGACGUGAUGAGAAGUAUGUUUAAAAGGCUGGUUUACACACCACCAGAUUCGUCGCCAAGAUUUACUAGUAGACUAAACUUGUCAAACACAAAAAAUCCGGCCUGAUUUUUAUUUUGGCCUCUCUUUUAGACAGAGGAAUGCAACGUGUAAAUUGGCUGCCACCAAGGACUAUCGUGGCGCAUGUGUUCCUUAAAAUUAUAUUUCGGGGUUGUCCAAUUAUCCAUAGUCUCUCUAACGGAGCAAUGUUGGAGAGACUGGUGAAUGCCACAUUAUGAUGCUACAGCUAAUGCAAAUACAAUACACGAAUAGGUCUAUUUGUUUUCCAGGCCUAAUCUACUGUGAUCGAACAUGAUUGCUAUUUUUCGGACUCUUGGACGGUCAAAUUCUGAUUUUUCUCCAAAAUCACUCAGCCUUUGCCUCAAAAGUCAAAUGAAUGUGCCCUGAUCUGUGGAUUACAAGUUUAUUGUUUGAUUUAAAUUAUGAAUUUAUUAACGGGAGCUUCGCUUUUAGCCCUGGCUAAAUCUAUAUAUUAGAUAAUAUAAUAUUGAGCAUCUUUAUUUGCCAUAUUUUUCUAUUGGUAUGAGUCAUAGAAUGUCUUAUAACUGGAUUGAAACUGAAAAUGGCAUAUUUGUGAUUACAAAGCCUGAUGCAGUCAAUAGAUUUUAAAAGCUGCAGCCAAUAUUUGUUUAAUGAUUGUGUCAGUAUGUACAAACACAUGUUAUCACAUAUUUUUUUGGAUUAUAAAAACCCUUCAAAAUGUGAAAUUCAUACAUGUUUACAAAUCUCCUGUAAUCAGGGCUGGGACAACAUAGCUUGAGACCCCUUUCCUUUCUCCUCACCCCAAUUUUAUAAUUUAAAUAUGGUGUCAUUGGUCUCAUCAUACUCACAGUCAACUCUGUUAUACAGACACUGAGGGGACCGUAGAAAUUAACCAUCUUAAUUUAGAGAAAAUUUAAGGGCUUUUUUCCAGGGAACAAAGCAAGCUAUCUGUAAUGAUGAGCAAGGCUGUGCUCUAAGGAACAUUGAAAGGAGCCUAGUUCUCUGAACCUGUAAAAUCUAGGCUGCCCAGCAUAUGAUUUGUAUGAAAAGUCUGAGAUUUUCUAGUCACCCAAAAGCAAAAGUUAGGUGCCAGGGGCCACAGGGCUCUGCUAGAGCACAGCCUUGAUGAGGUGUCUGUAUGAAGCGGUUGUCCAUAAAGAGGGCUUUUGGGUUACCAGUUAUUGCAGAGGUGGAUCCUAGUGGUACGGUAAAACCCCCCGACUUAGAACCUGAAUUUCAAGAACCUGUUCAGCUAAAAUAAAAUUAUGCCAGAUGAGGCCCCUCUAUAUAAAAACCUGUUUAGCCUAAAAUUUGAAACAGGUUCUUAUUUUUGAAAUCUAUGAAAAAAUUCUGUACACUUGAGCAGAGAUAAAUCAACAUUUAGAAUCUUCUUUGGAAACAAAGCUGUCUUAUGACUCCAACUGCAAUGUAAAUGCCAAUAUUUAAAUUUAAAUACAUUCCUCUUUUUAUGUCCAUUCUCACAUAACUUCUAAUUUGGUAUGCAGACUUUAUAUGAGGAAUAAGGUGAAACGCAAAUACUCUUAGCUACAUUUUUACUUCAGAAAAUAUGAACCCAUUUAAAAACCUAAAUAGCCAAAACUUGUGCUAACUACUAUUUAUAUAAGAAUCUGUUUAGGCUUACUUAGUUAAUUCAGGUUCUUAGUAUCAUGAUUUUACUGCCCCAUUGUUCCCCUUUUUCUAUUUCCUUUCCCUGCCACCAUUUUUUCAGCCUUGGUUUUCCAAUAUCAAAAGCACAUUCAAUGAUCAAGCAAUUUAUAUUUUAACUAAAGCCACCAAAAUAUGCAAAUUGUUUGAUAUAUAUUAAACAGUGUAAACGGGUAAACAGAUUGAAUGACAUCACGUAGCCUGUGUGGCAGGCAUUUCAAAGAAAAGGGAAAGUGGGUCUUGGUGCAAGAGAAAUGUGAGGGAAGGAGAGAGAGAAAUGCCUGCCAUACAGGAGGCUAAUUGUUUUUUGCAUUAUAAACAUCAACCAGGUGAAUGUUGAAAUCACUCCCUCCUUCCUCAUGCACUCUUCGCAUUUCUCUUGUGCCCAAAACCCCUCUCCCUUUCCUUUUAAAUGCCUGCUACGGAGGCUAAUCACCACUGAAUAAAACAGGGACUAGGCAAGAAACUGACAAAGUCAUAACAUCCACACAACAACACACACCAAUCUUGGAAGCAGAUUGCUAGUUUCAAAAUGCACAGGGCUUAACUGUAUAAUCAAACUUAUCUUUUAAUUUAAUACCUGUGAUUCUAAUCGUACUGAUUUUAUACCUGCAUAAAGAGAGUCACAUGUAUGACUGCAAUUUUAUUAUGCUUUUUUAGUCCUAUUACAAAAACAGACAUUCCUACAUCAGAGUACUCAUCAGCCUAUUUAUAUACCAGUUUCGAACAUUUUAUGCUCACCUAAUGCUAUUGUUUGGAGGAACCAGUCGCCGCUGCCCCGCUAUUUUGUGAUCAGCUUGUGAUUACAACAGUAACACUUCGUAACAUGUCACAUUGGUCUUCGCGAGGCUACAUUUUCCCAUGAAAACAUGCCGGUUUCAAUUCGGAAAAAGUAUCACAAAACGUGGGGCGCGUUGGAGAGCGAUAAAAAUUUAGCGUAGAACAAGGUUUGUAGAAACACUUACAACUAACUUCUACUUUCGACGGGCAAUAUAAUGGAAAUUAUAGCCUCUUAAAAACCGGGUUCAAAUUUCAUGCUCUUACAGGAGGAAUAUUCGGGCUCCACGUUUUAGAUUGAAAUGAAGAAUAUUGAUUUGUUUUUCUUCACAGAAAAAAUGUAAACAAAUAUUAGCUUGUGAAAUCGAGAAAAACUAUCGAAGGAAAGAACUGUAUCUAUUGAAAAAUAAAGCAUAUAACCUGCGAAAUUUCUCGACCUUCGCCGCCAUCUUGAAAAUUUUGAAUCCACAAUGCAUCGCAGUCGUAGUGCGCACACGGCCUGGAGUGAAGAAUCACAAUAAAAAAAUCGUGUUAUUUCAUGAACACCUGUGAUUAUUAAUAGUUAUUUCAUAUGCAUAUUUUGGGGAAGGGUGGCUCCGAAUCUUACUUGGGUACUACCUAGUAAGACUCCAAUGGAAAGGUCGUUGAGGGGAUAGAAGAAUCCGUCGAAAGGGUUACGCUGUAACUCUUGGCCAAGGAUGUUAGGAAAGCAAUUCGUUCUAAACCCUGUCUCCCCCUUUUCAAAUGCUUGCACAGGCUAACCAGCAUUAAAAAACUUACAUUAACACACGCAGCUAAGAAAAUAUCGCAAAGUACUUGGGGAAAUGCUAUCCGGGCAGGACGGCCUUAUGGAGUGGUAGAUGACGUAGCGCUAUUUUCAAGUCUACAAACCUCUCCUCGAGUGUGAAAACUUAAGGCAUGAGUUCAGUUUCUAGUAUCGAAUAUAUACAAAGAAGGAAACCUGGGGUCUAGAACGCUGACCUGUUCCUCUCUCAUUCCUUUACCAAAGGAUACGUCAAAGUGUAUCAGACAAUUUCCUCCUUACAGCAUGCUCGGCUACUCAAAAAAGCUUUAAAAUCUGACACUAAGAUGAUAUACCGCAGACACAGCAAGUUAGAAAGCUGGAAUCAAACGUGUUUACCAGUGGGUUAGGCCCUGACGUCUUCAAAUUCACGUUAAAAGGACACUGUUUAGGCAAAAGCAUUAAGUUUACUUUUCCAGUAAAUUCCGUCUUGCGGCCUUAGACAACGGACCAGGGGCCCGUUUGUCCAAAGUCCCUAUAACUUUUCGGGCCCGAAAUCCAAUAGUCAAAUCGAAAUAAAAGGAUUAAGAGGAGCGCCGGUUCUGGCCAGCAAAAUACCUCAUUUUUUUCAUUAACGGAUAGUUUUAUCAUGUUAGAUGCAAAACUAUUGAAAUUUCUAUCUUGCAUGUAAACCACAACAGCUUUAGGGACCCGUUAGUUAUCGGGACUUUCGAGAAUUGAACGGGCCCAGAAGCGGAUGCAGCCUCAAUAUCCGUUUCUUUGAUAACUGCCAGAGAAAGUUAUGGUCGGAGACUUUCUUUUCAAGAGUUCUGACCAUGAAUUUCUGACGAGCCACCAAGUCUCUGUCUCAAGGCCGGUACCAAAGCGCACACUCAGAAAAUGGCAAAAUGACCGAGAGUAACACUGAAAAAAAACUAUGCGGUUAAAGAAAGUAAUGGAAGCGUUAGGCGAUAGUUGACAGGGGCACCCAACGACAGUUUCCUCCUAAAUACAUUAAAAACCCUUUUAGGUUAUCUAAAUUACUAAGUUCUUUGCGGCGCCAUUAAUUAUUACGAGGGCUUCAAUACUAUUUUUUUCGAGAAUUUUGAAAUUUUUUCUGAUUCCUUCUCUAUUACCAUUUUGGUAUCCGAAAAUUUUAAUUCCCUUCAUGGAGAAAACCUGUCUCGUGUAGGAGAGUCACCCUCCCAGCCGAGAGAAAAAAAAAAACAUUGACCCCAACCGGCCUUCGCGCGAGCUCUAAUUGUCCGUGCCUUGGCUAUGCGAGCCCUUUAACGAUACGGAUCGGAUUUGCCGGUCAGACCGAAAUGUCCCCUUCCAUUUUACAAAAUUAUUUUUCCCAGGACCACUGAUCUGUAUUCUGCUUACAAGCACGAUAACCAAACUCACGAUGGCUUUGGUUUGGUCUGUGCAACUGGAACUAACUGCAAUAUACCUUCUACUGGGCAAGUGGUUUUUCCGAGAUUUCAAACAGGAAUUUUUGUUGAAUGGAAAGCGCGUACAGUGCCUACGGAGAAACUUUGGCUCGGCUAGGAGGCUGACCCUACCAUUACAAAAGGGUGACUGGACAAGGUGGGUCACCCUUCUAGUAGCCUGUUCCAGGCUCUCAGAUAGUGGAAGAAGCGAAAGUAAAAGGAAGGCGAAAAAUUGCAGUUUCCUCCCGUUUUAUUUUCGUGUUCGCGCUUUUUCAAUUCAGCGAGCCCGACUAUCUCGGAGCGUGGAACAGGCUACCCUUCUAGCCGAGCCAACUUUUUGUAAUUUAAACGGUUCGCCAUGUUUUGUAAAGAAAUGCUUGAAACGUUGCCUCUUCCAGGAAAGCUCGGGUAGGCGGGUGACCCUUCUACUCGAGACAAAUAUAUACUGAAAGAUAAUUGCAGAAUGUUUACAAAAACUGUUAUCCAAAACAAUGGAACUUGCAUAUGCGAGAGGAAAGACAGCCGCUUGAUAGGUAAUAACGCGGUGAAAUAGCUAGAGAUUGAAGCCUGAAGUCAAUCAAAGGCACAUACAAGGCAACGGGGGUAAGUUGACGUGAAAAACGAUAUUUUUGGACUUAUUUAGUAUUGUAUGGAAGCACACUUUAAGAAAACUUAGGAAAAAAAAAAAAGAAAAAUACAUGAUAUGGAUUGUUAGUAGUAUAAUAUGCUACUUCUGGCAAGAACAUUAAAAAACGGCGUCGCUCAAAUGGUUAGAUUGGGAAGCCUGUGAAUCCUGUCACGCAACACUUAUGACCAAAGAGGUAUUGGCAGCCCGAAAGUUUCACUAUCAAAAUCGCAGUUUUUGUGAGACCUAGAAUUUUUAAAUGGCAAUGGAUGUAAAAGUUUGACUGCGGAAAAGAAAGGCCAGCAAUACCAAGAAACGUUCUGUUUCAGGUUAUUUUCACGCACCACGUUUCAUCGAGUUUUUUAUCUUGGUUGAUUAGCUUAGGACAAGGCGCAAUGCCAGUUAACUAGAACGGGAAAACGCAUUUGAGGUGACAAAAAUUAUCGUUUCAGUACAAAUGUCUUUAAUACAAGUGCGCUUGUGAGUUAAGUUUCUUUCGGAGAGCCCAGCCAUCGUGACUUGUCAAGCAACAACCAACUCGAGCAACAACCAACCGACGUUCUUGAAAAGUCUCAUAUUUCAAACAAAAUUUAAUCAACUUCAGACGGUUCGUGUGAAGUACAAAUUUAAUUACCCAGGCCAAUUCUUGCAUAUAUUUUAGCACAAUGUUUAAGUAACAUAUGACUUGAGUUUCAGGUAAAACCAAGGUGUAGCACAUGCCUAAAAUAUAAAACGCAACUUUCAGCCUAAAUUUAAAUUUCGUUUAGUUGAAAAAGUAUCCAAACUGAAAUAACAUUGUUUAUCUUCCAGAUUAUCGUUAAGAGAUAAGAAUUCAUCACCAAACCAGAAGUGGAACCCUUUAUAAAUUGAUUUAUCGGGGAAUAUUUUACCCCGCUUUCUUCCUGUGUGCGUGACUGUUGCGUGCGAGCGAAGUUUUGAGACCACCUCAUUUUGCCCCAAAUUUUGGGUGUUACGAAAACUAAGACCCUCGAAAACUUUGCCUGCGUGCUGACGUCUCCUAUUUCCUUUGUUGCACGCGGAAAAGGGACGUCUGCGUAACGCCGUCGCUAAUCGUGUUCGAACGUCCCGCUGGGUUCCCAAGAUCUUGGGAACAUGCUCUGAUAGGCUGACACACAGUGCACAUUGUUUGACAUAACGCUGAUUGGUUGUUAUCGAAUCUGGUCUGAUAAUGUAUGCGGUGAUUUAUGUAAUCGGGGUUUUCCAGCCAAAACAAAUCAAAACAUGUGCCAUUGUGUGCAUACCGUUCGAAAUCUUGUGCGAGGCCGAGGAAAAUUUAACGUGUACGAGGAAAUUGUUUCUUUACAAUUUACUGUGCAUAACACAUCACAUCAUAUUUGUAAACAGUGUCUGAGAAAACUACAAAAGCGGCAUGGACUUCGCACCAGGCAGGCAUUUCGGAGAAAGCCAGCCAAAGAAACUAAAAUCUUUAUUUAGCCGUAACAAACAGAGGUCAAAGAAAAUUCAAACACUUUACAACUGCAUCUGAAAUCAAAUCCUACCAGGAACACCCACAGAAGCAUAAACCACAGGAAAUGACUGCUCAGUAUGCAUGUAACAAACCUGCUUCAUGACCUCUAAAUGUAAGAAUUAGUGCGGCAAAAACGACAUUUACUCAGUCAAAGUUUAGAAUGCUACAUACACUGUGUAGUGCUAGUAACCUUCGCGCGAGAGAGAAAAGAAGAAAAACCUCUGCUCAAGGAGACUCUCAAGGUCACGUCUCGCGUUAUCACGAGCUUAUGAUAUGGUGUUUGGCCUGUCAACUCUUAUUUCCAACCGGAUAUUAUUUCAGAAUUUUUGCGAAAUAGAAUACCCUGCCAGCGGGACGCUAGAACACAUGAUUAGCGACGGCGUUACGCAGACGUCCCUUUUCCGCGUGCAACAAAGGAAAUAGGAGACGUCUGCACGCAGGCAAUCGAAAACUAAGACCUAAGACCCGUCUUAGUUUUCGAGAUUACGAAAACUUAGACCCCCUAAAAUCGAAUCCGUCGAAAUAUAAAGUCAAAUUUUAACCGAAAUAGGUCUGAUCUGUCAAAUUAUAUCAUGUUCGAUCCAUUCCACUGAGUUUUAGGUCAAAUUUAACGGUAAAUUUAGGGGUCUUAGUUUUCGUAAUUGCGAAAACUAAGACCCCUCUUAGUUUUCGUAAUUACGAAAACUAAGAGCCCCACCAAAACAAUCUCUAAAAUUUCUACAAAGUCGAAUUACGACCGUUUGAAGACUACAAUCCGUAAGACAAACAAAAACUACUACCAUACGCGUGCUAGACGAUCCGCUUCUUCUAACAAUUUGCAGACAUACAUUGUCAAUACAUGUAUUGUGGCUUUAAGAAGAGGAUGAAAGCUAUAGACUACCUUCGUAUAAUUGUACACUGAAAAUAUGCCUUACCCCUAUAAUUUUGGUUGUUUAUCCUUAAAGUCAUAAAAUUGGUUUUCCGCUGGAGAUGGAUUUUUGUCUUCGUUGCGGGCUGACAUGUCGCUGCGACCUGAAUGUCUGAUCGCUAAGUGGUCAACGGCGUUAUCGAUUAAACAUCACACAAAAAUACGGAUUUUUUUUUCCUUUUCUGGCCAGGUCAUGGAUAGAAACGUGCUCUUAUAAAAAGGGCGAAAAAAGAAGAAUAUGCUACAUUGCGUUUUUCUAGCGUUUGUUUUUAUCGUUGCCACCCCGGAGAUCACCGGGUUACAAUGCAAAAGUAGUUGAGGGGUAGGGGUGGGGGGCAAGGAGAAAUAGUCUGUGCGGGAUAAUCGCUAAAAUCGCUCGUGAAAUAAUAAAAAAAAACGAAUGAGUGAAUGAAUUUCCUGUACUAGCAAAGCAUCGUCUCGAGAUUUCAGAACAAUAAAAUAAACACGACAACCGCUGGACACAAACCCCCUCAGGCGAUAGUUACAGGUAACGCAAUCUCGAUCGCAGAGACACGAAGAAAAACAUCCAUCUCCAGCCAAUUUCAUGAUUUAAAGGAUAAACAACAAAAUUAAAGACCAAUAGGGGUAAAGCAUAUUUUCAGUGUACAAUAGAUACGUAGGAAGUCUAUGGCUUUGGUCCUCUUUUUAAAGCGAGUCUUCAAAUUAUUAGCGGAUCGUAGAUCGCGUAUGAUAGCCUAGGAUUAUAGCCUUCAAAUGGUCGUAAUUCGACUUUGCAGAAAUUUUAGAGAUUGUCUUGGUGGGGGUCUAAACUAAAAGGGGUCUUAGUGGAAAGGAUCGAACUUGAUAUAAUUUGACAGAUCAGACCUAUUUCGGUUACAAUUUGACUUUAUAUUUCGACGGAUUCGAUUUUAGGGGGUCUUAGUUUUCGUAAUCUCGAAAACUAAGACAGGUCUUAGGUCUUAGGUCUUAGUUUUCGAGGGUCUUAGUUUUCGUAACACCCCCAAAUGUUGGUUGUUUUUAAGUCGCCGACCACGAGAAUUGAUUUUGUCGAUUUUCUCCAAAUCUAAGCGGCCUUUUGAAAAACAAACUACACCGCGUUUAGUUACUUACUUAUGCCUAUCUAUGGACAAGAUAUGAGCGACAAUGAUUUUUUGACUGUGGCCGCGAAAUUUCGAUUUUGCUCGAUUUUUACAGACAUUUGCUCUUAAGAAAGCAAGCUUGUUAAGAACUUAUGCAGAUCUUGGAUGAUGUUAUCCACCGGUGGAUAGCAUCCUCCUUGAUCUGCAUAAUUCUUCAUAUCUUACCAUCCUCAUUUUUAAAUAAUUACAUGUAUUGCUAAUUUCCUAUGAUUGAUCAACAGUGAAAUCAGAUCCCAAGGUUGAGAUUGACACUGUCAAAACUAUGACUGAGGUGAACGAGAAGUCUACCUUACAGGUCUUCUGCAUUUUCCGGAUUGGUGGUGACUGGGGCCUCCUUUUCGCAAAAGAUGGGGAAAAAAUAGAUCUAAGUGAUCCACGUGUCAAUGUCACCAUUUUUGAAAAUCUACCGAAAGAAACUGAAAGGUUGUUUAAACUGACGAUAAAGAAUGUGACACUGAAUGAUACAGGAGAGUAUGGAUGCACCCUUUCUGUUUUGUUUCCAACGCUCCUUGAUGCCAUCAAUAUUACGGUGAAAGGUGAGUGAGCUAAGAGCCGGAGAUCACUAUUACAUGGUAGGCCUUCUGAUAGGUGCAAAAGUUACUGGUAACUCGUGAAUUUUCAUAUUUCAUGUAUGUAUUCACGUGCUAAAAAAAGGUGAGUUAUGGGCCCAGUUACUUGAUUUUUAUCAAGCCCUAAGAUUUCAAAUCUUAUGGAAAACAAUUUUUCGGUUCCGUGCGCAGAGAUCGGAAACCAUCUGUAACAAAUUUUUGGUUCUGUGAAAAUUCAUGGGAACCCUUGGGAAUAAAGUUGUCACUCACAAGUAAUAAGCACAUUAACACGACUUGUCCAUUACAAAAGCCGAUGCUCUUGAGGCGACGGAUAAUUAGGGAAAAACAAUAUAAGCAUAUCUGUCGGGGAGAGAUGUUUUUGUGUCUGCUCUUUAACCAGAGCUGGGAAAAGUCUGACUUUUCAGCUGGCUCCAUCACCUCCGACCGUUUAUUUGGUUAGGAUUGCAAUGCCAUCGUCUUGAUGAUUGUUCCGCUGAUUUCUCAAAGAUCAGGUCUCAAAACUCAAUUCCCGUUGCAUCGAAGGUGAUUGCUAAGAACAGCUAGAGGAUAUCUUAAAUCUGAAAGAGAAACUAGUGUACUCGCUUCCUCAUGAAAAUCACCGAAACCCAAUUGUGCUGUUGCAUCUCUGCAUGACAGCGCGUGAUCGAACUAUCAGUCGAAGGGAGAACAUUACGCGCUACAAACAGGGCGCUUUUGUUGCUGUGAUUCUUUUGCUCGCUGGAAUCACGAUCUGAAGCGUGUGCUUGCCGUACGCGUUUCAUUGAGUUGAAAUCUUUGUUUGUGACACCUUUUAGCACAAAGUGGAUAAAUUUGCUCUUUCGAUGGCGGAAAAACACACGCGCCUUCGAUUGUUUUUGUCAGAGUGGGUGGAAUCAAUUCAUUCCGCCUUUGAAGUCUGGGACUCGCAAACGCAACCUGAAACCCCAAAUGGGAGUCACACCACUCCCCAUGUUUGGCGCGAAACGCAAAUGGAAACCCCUCAAGCGAGACAUACCGACCUCAAGCAAACCUGGACGCCGACCAAGAGGACGGCGUACCAGGCCGAGGAGACAUGGAACUAGAACGACGCCUUUUUGCGCGAAAAUAUAAACUUAAGCAGGCAGACGUCGCGACGGUCAGACUCACGUUGCCUACCAAAAAAGAAAACGAGAUAAAAUAGGAACUUCUGAUCGUGGGUUAGAUUUUGCUUCGCCAUGACGUCUUUCAGAGAUGUCAGGGAUUUGUUAACAACUGCUCUGUUUGACCUCGAUGUCUUCCAAUUCUAUUCCAAAUGCGCGCCCCUCUGAUCUCCUUCUGGUUUUUAAUUUUGAAAGCAGAAGCUGGAAAUGCUCACGUACCGAUCGCUUUGAAACUUUAAAUUUUGGGUCGUUGAUGCUGUUGAGUUUUUCAGCUAUUUCUUCCCAAACCCUCCUCUCUCGACUGUUCGAGGUUUGUAGUUGAACGGCUCGCUCAACGAGAGUCCCGGCAUAAAAUUGCAUCGUGUUUUUCGGACCACUCCAUGAUGUUUGACCUGUAUGACAACAAACUUUUAUCCCAGCGAGAGGCCAAAUCUUUCUAAUAAAUUACAACUUUCAAAUACAAACCAAAAAAAAAUGGCCAGGGCGGGAACUUCGCUCUUCGAGCUUCAGAAAACGUAGUGAAUUUCUUCUCGCUGGAAGUAGAACAACAAAACGAAAAUUGUCUAUGUGAUCUGAAGUCAAUAGCAAAGAUCUGCUUUCGAAACUAUGUGUUUUAAAAGGAAACAAACUCACGAUCUCGAGACGCGACCAAAAUGCUGGAACUCACCUCUGCGACGUCAGGUGGACGGCAAGAUGAUUAUGCAAAUUAUGUUGAGAAAGGCUGUCGUGACUUCCGGUUAACGUUUUCUUGGCCGCCGUCCACUGGUUUGCUUAAGGUCGCUAUUAGUCGACCUCUCGGGACUUCGUCGCUCGCUUGGCUUCUUCGCGGCCUAAAAAGCUCGCUCCGCUCGCUAAGAAACUCGUGAGAUCGACUUGUAGCAGGUCUACGCGAGGUCCUCCGAUUCACGUAUUUCUAGUUUGAUCACAUUUACAUGAUGGGUGGGGUGACCUGCCGCGGGUUACCUCGCCUGCCUGGGGUCCCCCACCUCCAUGUAAACAGGCCCUGAUUCUGACAGAGAAAUAGUUCAAGAAUAAUAGAACUACUUGUUUCGUUGCUGGUGGUAAAAGAGUUAUUGUUAUAAUAAGUUUUUCUCAAAAAUUUCUACACCACAAACUCACACGGCUGCUGUCUUUCUUUGCGAUUUUGCAUUGUUGCGACAUAAAAGCCAACUGCUUGCCAACUGUGUACUUUACAAAUUUUAAAACUAUGAAAUUAGCGCUUACUGAAAAUCUGUAAUGAAACGUGGAAACCAACUCUUUUUAAGAGAGAGAAGGGCUGGGUAGGUAAUUUUUUUUUCUAUUUUUGAGCUUUUCUAAAAUCAUUGUUUGCAGAUCAAUAGCUGGUUUCAGGUAUUGUUUGUGGGGUAGCCCGUUUUUUGUGGGUUUACCGGUAUAAAAAAAACAUAGGUUUUUGGCCAAUCAGAUCGGGCGUACUAUCUCAGUUAUUUUAUAACAUAGUAUAUUAAAAUUAAUUUUGUCUAGAAUAACCAUCCAUAGUUUCACGCCAACUGUACAUUAGAGAAUUCUAUGUGAUGUUUUUGAAGCAAAACAACUUUAAAUUUGUGUUUUUGUUUGUUGCUGUUAAUUUUGUUUCAUGUAAUAAUCAUGUUGAAUCAUGUAUUAAUAUUUAUUUAUGUUUUCAUAGCUCCGAAAGCACCAAACAUCAAAGAUAUAACUAAUGUGACAGUUCUUCAAGAACCUCAGGGUGGUAAUUUGGAGUUGUUUUGUGAUGUUACUGGGAACCCAGAACCUACCAUCACGUGGUACUUCUACAAGGAUGGCAAAGGUGAUCCCUUGGUGGUCAACAAGCAAAAAUAUAACCUGGGCGGGAACAAAGAUAACUGCAGGAGUCGGACAAAGGGUUAUUACUUCUUGCAGCCUGAUGAUGCUCGUGCACUUGUGAUUUGCACUCCAGAAUUUGAACAUCACCAAGGAAAGUAUUCGUGUCAUGCUAACAAUACAGUAGGAUGGCAGAGCAAGUCUGCAUUUGUCAAUGUGGAGAGUGAGUAGUUGAUUGUUAUUAAUAGGUACAAUAAGCUGGUGUAGUUAUCUUUAUUAACAUUGGUUUUAACUACAUUAAAAAUUUAUAUUAAUAAUAAUAACAAUUUGAAUAAUUAUACGAUGAUAUACUGUUGACUCCUGAUAACUCGAAUCUUCAAAGGAAAUCAAAACAAAAGUUAAGAGUUAUUGCAAGUUCAGGUUAUCGGGAGAUCCAAGCAAUUAACCUGAAAUAUCUUAUGCAUGUAUGGAUUUAAAGACUUUGAAAUCCCUUGUAUCUUACUGAUGGCUUGUCCUAUGUGGUACUUAGCUGAGAUCAGUCUCUACUUUAAUUUCGCUUGGUAAAUAGAUUUCUGGCGGUGAAGGCAAAUCCAAGUCUCGUAUGUGUUAAUUUCGAAUUACUUGUGAUUACGGAAAACCUCUAUUUUUUCCAUGUGCUUCAAAAAUUUUCAUUCAGGUGAUUAUCGCAGGAAUAUCAGGUGGACCUAAAACUCAACAAAACCAGGGCCUUUGCUUCUCACAUACCUUGCACAUACACACAUGUCCAAUACUCUCGACCAGAUUCCAGUGGACAAAACCUGGAGUCCGACGGAGUCUAGUCGAAAAAUGAAACCGGAAGUUCAGUAGAGUCCACUUGAGUUACCGGAAGUUUAGUCAUGAGAUGAAACCGGAAGUGUAAACAAUACUUAGAGGAGGGUUGGAAAGUCGUCCGAUGGAGUCCAUCGGAUCCAUUGGAAACACAUCGAUUCCGAUGGAAUCUCAGGAAGUCUAGUCGUGCCAUGAGUCAAAACAAACACACAGCACGUGUAACAUAACUCGUUCUUUAAGCCCUAAGUCGAGAAUGCCGAGCCUAACAGGCAACAGAACUCGUUCUUAAAGCCAUGAGUCGAAACAAGCACGGACGUCGGUACACAUAAGUCGUUCUUAAAGCGAUGAGUCAAAACAAGCACGCUACACAAAAAAUAUAACUCGUUCUUAAAGCAAUGAGCCGAAACGAGCACGCUACGCGAAUGGCAUAUGAGUUUUUGUUCGAAAACAUGACAACUUCACAUGUCAAAAUAACAAGUAAGUUAUCUUUGCAUGUAGACUACGAGUAGUCCCCCAUUUUUCCUCAGGGAUAGUGGAGCGAGCGAAACGCGAGCGGGCGUGAAAAUCACCCCACGUGCGCCUUUUCUCACGUGGGGUGAUUUUUACGCGCGCUCGCGUUUCGCUCGCUCUGCUAUCCCUGAGGAAAAAUGGGGGACUACUCGUAGUCUACUUUGCAUGUGAAAAGAUCAUCAUUGCUAUGGUACAAUAUAAGAACUCACACCUUUUACAGAAAAAAAAAUUAUUCAUUUAAUAAGUGAAAUGGUUAAGUAUUUCAGUGGUAUAAUAUUGCAUGGCCGCUCGGAGAUAUGAAAUUUCUCUUCUCAUGUUGAAACAAUAUUUCACUGCUUCCAGCAAGGCUUACCCCUCCUUCUCUGUUGGAUUGCUAUUAAUCAUACCUUUGUUGAGAAAAGCAUGGACAAAAUUCUUAUAACAAGUUAGAGUUAAUUUGUGUUUUUCAUGUAAAAUCAUGCAUGCCCAACCCUAUUCUUCACCCUACAGGAAAUAUGUUGGAUAUAUGCACGCAGUUUCAAUAUGUAAAGUGUGUGGGGAAACAGUGAUAGAUUUAGUACAGGGUAUUUUUCAAAAGGGUAGCACCUGGCUAUGAGCCAGGGCACAAAUAAAUUACAAAUACUCGAUCAUUGUUCCAAAGACUUUCAAUGCAGGAUAAUUUGUAGCUUUUAUGCUGAAUAUUAGACAGUGGUAUUACAUCUUAAGAAGACACAGUAAAUUCCUUUUAGCUUGUGUUUUGCUUUCCCCCAGUGUGAAUGAAGAGGUGUUCUCACAACAAUUUACCCAUCAUAACAUUAAAAUUGAUAUAGGUCUUGUGUCCAAAAAUUAUUGAUGUGACGUAUACACAAUUUUCAAGAAAGCAUUCUUUGGAGCACUAUUACAUGUAGGCUUGAUUUCCAUGCCCUAAAUGUUGUCACACAUGACCUACAUUGGGGAAACAUAGCAUCUGCCAUAACAACCACAAGCUAGUAAAGGUCUUUACUAUUACUUCUCCUCUCAAAACUGUACUUAACAAAAAAUUUUCUUUGGCAUUGUAUCAUGCACUGUAUUUUAUUAGCUUGCACUGCUUUCAUCCCAUUCUCAACGCCCUUCUCAAAGACAACUUUGAAGAAGAGGAAGAGUGAGCACAAAUAUUCAGUACAGGGGGCCAGAGGAAAAGACAAAAAAACCAUGUAACAUAAUGUAAAAAUUGCAAAAAUAAUUAUGUUCCAAUUAACCAAUCAUUUCCUGCUAUCCUACUAUUUAAAAGCUUUCCCAAUAUUUGCCCACCCAAAUGAAGCCAGUAACAGUGUCCAUUGAAAGAAAAAAAGGGUAGCAAUAAAAGCGAAUAAAGAAGGGAAAGCGAAAUUUGUGACUGCAGCUGUGUUACUUUAAAACCACGAAACCAUCUCAUGCUUUCUAUGCAUGCCCCAACUUUUGAAAAUAAUAUUUUCAAUUUGCAUCUGUAACUGAACGCUGUGAAAUACACGGCCUUUAAACAGUCUUCUGGUAAGAGUUAGCUCAUAAGCCAGACAGUGACUAGAAAACGAAGCCACUAGCUUCAAAACAAGUUUCUCAGCAAAAUUCCCAGGAGAGGAAUGGGAUAAAAAAACAAAACAACAAACAACAAACAACGACGAGCUGAACUAAAAGGAUAACUAUUACAAAGGGGACUCACGAAUGAAAAAGGUUUAUCAGACUGCUUUUAAGGGCCUGGUCUCACUUGUCGGUUUUCAUCAGCAAGCUCUAGGAAUUCCCACACCUGGAGCUGACUGAUGCCUGGCCUUUCCAACGCUUCCAGCAAGGCCCGUCCCUUUGCCCUUCUUUCACCUGUCACCAUCUGUGCCUUCUUCAGGAAUAGCCGCCUUCUGCAAAUAAGACCUGACUUGUUAUCUUCAUUGUCAGAAUUGAGAGGUGGAAUAACAGCUUUAGUAGGUACAGGGGAGAUUUCUGAUCGUUUUUUGAGAUAUCCUCCUUGUUCCUAAUGUCAUUGGGGGAACCAGACCUGAUAGGUUUCUUCACUUCCUCAUCUCUCUUUACCUAUGAAAGAUUGCAAGAAAAAGGUAUGACAGAGAAAACAAAAUUAAAUAAGGUGGCUUGACUGGAUUUUUUAGGGGGGAUACCUUCCAAGUUUAAGCAUUAACUACAUCAGCAUGAGUAAAGAUAUGGGAAAAAGGCUACCACAACAUUACUGUAUUAUAUAAACAUGAAAAUUUCUUAUUAUCUAGGUUUUAUUGCAAAUGGAGUCGCCAUCGCAACCUAAUGAAACCAAUAUGUUUUUUAUUUAUUUUUGUGUUUCUCUGUACCAGGAGUGUUUUUUAGAAAUGGCUUAAGGGAGUAUGUGCCUGCCAUAAUUGCUUCAAUUAUGGCAAAGUUUGAACAAAUUCUGUGAGAGCAUUUUGGAAAUAUUUUGAAACAAAUUUUUAGAAUCAUAAAAACAGUGAAAUAGCAUGCUAUAUAUCCACACAAUUAGCUAAUAUGUUAAGAAAAUGUUACGCUUUCGAAGCACGGUUUCAUCUCAUAAUGAUUUGCUUCCAUUGAAAACUGUAUACAAAAAAAAAAGAGGGGAAUUGCUCUGGGCGAUUGCGAGUGAGAAGAAUUUUAUUAACCUGCAUUCAGCUGCUUUUGUUACAGUUUUUGCACAUAAUUUGGUCCAUGCCUACAAAUUUCACAUUAUUCAAAAAACCACUUGAUAAAUUUUUUCCUAAACUUACCAAUCUCAAGGUCAAUUGUUAAUAAAUAUACCUUGCAAGUUUCAAGAACAUUGAAAACAGUGAAGGCUCUUAAAAAGGGCCUCCAAUAUAACCAGGGUUGUCAGAAAGUUUUGAAGUAGACGACUGAGUUGUCAAAGUAAGCAGCCAGUCCAGGGAUAUUUUAUUUAAAAAACGUCAUCUGCAAAGAAAUGCCAAGCAGAGUAGCUGGCCGAUACUAACCAAGUAGGCGGCACUUUUCACCAGCAGCCGGCUACUUUUGACAACGGUGUUUAACCAAAUUUUCCCUUAGUGAGUGUCCUCAUUAUUCAGUGGCAUUGUUUUCAAGUUUCAUAUAUAUGCACAUGUACAAUUAGCAAAAGAAAUACAUUUACAUUUAAAAGAACUCUAAAUUACUUUCCAAAGAAAGAUGCGGAAAAUGCUAAUAAUUGCCUUGUGUCAUGGAUAGCAGUGAGAAUCGAAACGGUAAACAUCACGGCUCAUCAUGUAGGAUGUAAUACAACUAACUACAUGUAGAAGAGAACUACUGGAGAACUGACAAUUUGACUAAGCAACCCAAGAAUGUGGACAGAUUUUGCGAAAACCCCACUACAGUUGAACUAACUACCCUCUCCACAACAGCCUCCUCUCUGCAUUAGGGAACUUUCCAUACAGUGGAACUCCACCUUACGACCAUCUCGUUAUUACGACCCUGCUCUUUCGUCCAAACAUUAAAAUCACUGAGUCAUUUUAUUAUUUGGGAGACCCCAUUUAUGCGAUCACCUCGUUAUUACAACAAGGAUUUUAUGACCCAACGGUGGUUGCAUUUACAUGGUUUCACUGUACAUUGACUCUUGUUUAACCCAUUGUUGCCCGAGACUUUUUACAGUUUCGAGUGGUUUUCUACACACAAACAAUCCAUAGGAUUUCGUGACUCCGUAUUUGGGGUUACCAUGGAAAGUGGUGCUUUUCUAAAACACUGAAGGCUCGAGUUUUCUGGAAGUGUCAUUCUGACGUAGUCAUUUAGCUUUGUUAAUGAACGGCUGAAGUUUGGUUUGUAUGCAAUUUUUGGUAAGUUUACGACCAUUUUUCAUCUUUAGUAGCUGCCUGUUGAGAAUCAUUAAGCGUGACGAUAGCUGAGAGUCCACUUUCUCAAAGAAGCGAGUAAGGUGAUGUACUUCGUUUGCGAAUUUGGCGUGUUGCUUGUGGAACUGGAAUAAUGGUCGCUCCAAAACGAAGUACCUUUGGCACUCAACUACUAAUGAAUUUUUUGACCUACAAUGCAGUAUUUUGGAAUUUGCGACCACUGAAAAUCACAACAAGUGCGAAAUAGGCGAGAUUCUUAUUCCCCGACGGCCCUGGGACGAGGGCAUUCUUAGCAUGGUUGCGAGGCUAAUGCGGGUCAACUUCUCGGCGAAAGCAAAAACAAACAUAAGCUAACACAGGCAAAUUGUAGCUUUGUCGCUGGAAAACGAUACAAAUCUAGACUGCGAGAAGUCUCUCUCUUGCUCGAAAAUCUGCAAGCGACAGUAUUUGAGCAGUCAAGUCGGGCGAGUCGCAAGGGUGGGAGUUGCUCCCGUGAAUUAAGGAAUGGGGCACUGCAAAUUUGGAGGGGGGUGGUCUGUUUUAGUAGGGAUUUUACCUUUCGCAUUAAUAUUUUCAAUUUAACAUCUACUCCCCAUAAUCAUUCAUUUUUCAUGAUUACUAAUGUAUUAUCUGUGUCACGUGACUUGCCACACCCAUUUUUGGCUUUUUAUUUCAAUCCAAAUUUACACCACUUUAUAAAUAACACUUCUAAUUUAAUUCACUUUUUGUCAAUGACUAUUGACACAAAGUUUAUGGAAUUAAUCGGGGUUUUCUUAAAUUAUCUACGUUUUUGUAAACUAUAACCUUUCUUGUUAAGAGGGAGACUGGGACGAGAGAAAAAUAUCUAAUAAUUACGAAGGAAUGGAUCAUUUCACAAAUGCCCGAUUAAUUUAGCUUAUUUGACUGUAAAUGAAAUAUUAUGGAAGGAAAAACGAUUGUUGUCACCUUCAGUAAACUGGUGUAAUCUGCAAAGUCCAAGUUUUCCAUAAUUAUGGGCGUGGCUGGUCACGUGAUCUAAAAAAAAAAGAAGUGUUUAAGGUCCAAAGUGGUUUGGUCUUAAACACAGCGGUCUAAGAUUAAAAUGAAGGAAGAUACUGGAAAAAACAAGAUCAAGUCAUAAAACUCCGCAUGUAACGAGGACCCAUUCCUUAAUUCACCGGAGUGUGAGGCCAGAAUACGAGCGAAAAGAGAGACUGCAAUGGUUUCAUACAACAUUUUGGACGCCUGGCACUCUGGUGACGGACCAUUGGCCGGUCAGGAUGACGCUCAUCUGUCAUCAACAGCUCAUCAACAUCACUUGCAGACCCGUCAUGCAAGGCGCCGAAAAUGUCUUCUACUGUCACAGACCAAAUAUUUUUGUACUCGGGGAAAUCAAAACAAAUGCUAGCCUUUUAUACCUUCAAAACCUGAAAAGAAUAUAUUCUAAAAAGCAAAAAUCAAAACUGUACAAAAUUCUCAUUAAGAGAUCCGCAUGUCUUGGUCAACUCCAAAGUGUUGAGAUUUGAUGGGGACCGAAUACGUUUGUUACCAAAUAUCUUUUUUACUCGGGGAAAUCAAAACAACGGCUAGCCAUUAUCUUCACAACCUAAAAAUAAUGAGACGUUUGGUAUAUUCUGAAAAGCAAAAAUAAAAAACGUACAAAGUUCUCAUUAAGAGAUCCGUAAGUCGUGUUCAACUCCAAAGUGUUGAGAUUUGCAUAUUUUUUGCGCCAAAUUUAUUCCCGAUUAGGUUUCUGUAUGAACGUUUCAAAUAGAAAGGCCCGCUUUUCUCUCUUUGGUUACACAUUUUCGAAAAGAGAGUCACUUUGGAACUCUCAAAAUUCAAGUCGUUCAAAAAUAGAGUUCAGAGAAGGCGUUUCGUCGGCCCUUCGACGAGAGAUAAUAUUUACUGUUUACGAUGUCUUUCAGGUCUGUCUUUGGUGGAUUCAUCGUCCUAAGAGAACCUUCCAUAAAGGACAAAAUCGGACGGCUGAUCUGAAUAUUUUUUCCCAUAUCCUUCUUCAAAUCUUGGAAACAGGGUACCAGCACCUUUCAUCUCAUAGAUGACAUAGCCGCUGUUUGAUCGCGUCCCGUGAAAGAUUUGACAUUGACGUCAUUGAAAAUAAUUUUAGAAAAUGGGCGUUUAUGACGCGAGCUGUCAAGCGGUCAGCGGGCCUCCAAAAUGCUGUAUGAAAUCAUUGCAAUCUCUCUUUUCGCUCAUAUUCGUAUUUUACAGUGUAAGGAAUGCAUGCAGAAAUUCAGCCCCGCCGUGAUAGAUAUUCAUCCACCGAAAAUACUUGUUCGGUUCAUCCAGCUCUGUUAGAAAAUGCCAACUGAAAAGCAGGUGUUUUAACUUUAUUGCAUUUUUUUGACAACUACCCCCAUUUCAGUGAAACGUAUCCUUAAAGAAGUUAUAACGACCACUGAAAAUUAACAUUAAAAUGGCUUCAGGGUUUUACCAUGUUUUGAGAAUUUUGAGACCCUCUUCGCAUUUUUAUUGAACUCGCUCACCAACUCUCUCUUUCGGCCGAUUUCUGGUUACGCUCAUCGUUUUUCUCCGUGACGAGGAGUUAAUUGUCCUUUUGCUGUUCGAAACAAUGAUUUCUCAAGCCGGCAAGUAAGUUUGGAGCCCACCAAAACCUUAAACCUUUAAGAUUUUCCUCGCUCUCCAGCAACCCAGCCGCAAUUUCCUCAUGUUUCAGAUGUUCGUUUGUCUUCUUGCCAGAAGUGACCCGCAUAAGCCUCUCUUUCGCGCGAAAACAAGCGCUCGUCCUAGGCCGCCCGGGAAUACGAAACUUGCCUAUUUCCUUGGUACGUCGGAGUGGCUGUAGACUUCUGUACAAAUAUGAAAAAAGUGGGGGGAGGGAGGGAAAGGAACAAACGUUGUCAAAAAUUCUGGCUAUUUCCCAGCAUGCAAAGCAGUCGAGAUGUUGAAAAUCGAAGCGAGGCCAGGAUGCACUAGAACAAAAGGGUGUAGCUUGGCCCAGGAAACAAAUAAGAACACCAAAGUUGCUUCUAAGCUAGAACAAGGGCUGAAUUUUACUGUGAAAGUUGACUUUUGGUUUUGCAACGAUGAUUUCUGUAAAAACCCUGAAGGCAAAAUACGUAAUUUUUGUCGUUUUACCAUGACGCUAAAAACGGUCAUUUUGGUUCAUGUCCAAGGUGGUAUUUUGCAAAAAGCGCUGACUUUACAUUUUAAGGAUGUCCCAAUGUGAAGGACAUUAUACUCGAUGUACACAACUGACAGUUAAGGCAAUGUUGGCGCAAUUGAGAAAGUUGCAAUCAGGGCUGUCAUUAAUUUUUAGAGCAGCUGUAACAGGUGUUACGGGUUACGGCCCCGUAAUGACAGCUCUGAUAAUAUUUUGAAGCAGUGUGGUCUUGUACAGCCCGUUUUGGCUGGCAAAGGCUGUCAAGGGGUUAAACCUCUCUACAACAUCCACCUCCUUACAAUGGCCACUUUCUUCUGUCCCCAAGCUGGCCAUGGAAGAGAAGUUUAACUGUAUACUAAUUACAAAUUGUUGCUGUCCGCCCCACCAAUAAUAUGUCAUUGGGCUCAUUUUUGCUCGCCGGCCUGUUUCAAAAAACAGUCGUUGUUUGAUGAUUCUUUUUCUUUUUGACAGUUGCACCAGUCAUAGUUGAACCCAAGGAACACGACACACCUCUUUCACUCAAGAUUGGUGAUCCACUGAACAUAAUCUGUGUGGCGAAAGGGAGCCCUGCUCCUAAUGUCACAUGGUCAGAUAACAACACAGGAAUUGCAGUCUCACCAACUUCAACAAACUCCCAGCGAUUGAUCAUUAACUCGAUACAAGACAAGGAUUUUGGUUUUUACACCUGUAUUGCCAGUAAUAAAUUGAAGGAUACAAUGGUUUCUGUUGAAAUCAUGAAAGGUAAAAUUUACUUCACAUGUUGA